AUGGAAAAAUAGGUUGAUUCCUAAUUCAAUUCUACUUUUUGGAGAUAAAUCCAUUAGGAAUAUUUUAUGAUAGAAACACCUGUCUCAUUAAAUAAUAUGAUAAAAUAAUAUCAAAAAAGUAAUUGUUUAUGAAGAAUUUUAGUAGAGAAUAAUUUCUAAAAGAAAGGCAAUGAAUUGAUUAAUUAAGUGUUAAAAUUAUCAAAGAAGAACAAAAGUAAAAUGGAAAAAUUAAAUGACUCUAAUCUAAUAAGUCGUUUAAAUUUGAUUUUAAUGCAAAGAUUAAAAUCAUCCGAGCCAAUCUAAUAAUUGAUUAAAGGUAUGAUAAAUAGUGUUUAUGAAGAUAAACUUAUUGAUGAACUAGAAAGUUGCUCAACAUUAAUUAGGAAUAUUCAUUUACUGCCAGAAGAAAAAUAAAUUAACAUUUAUUAUGAAGAAGAAUAAUAAUUAAAAAGUAUGCAUUCUUAGAUAAAUUAACCUGGUUAAAUAAGUUAAGUAAUAAUGGAACUUGAAAAUGAUUUAAUGUAGUUAAAAUAAAAAAAUACAUUAAGUAUUUAAAAGUAUUGAACUUUUUUUUAUUGUAGUCUGUAAACACACCUUUAAGAAAUUAAUAAUUCAUUGAAGUUUCAAUACAAUAUUCAGUAAAUAGGAGAGUAUAAAUUGAAAAUUUCCAGAAACAAUGUUUAACAUCAUCAAUAAGAGUUGGCCAAUCUUUAUAAUUUGAUUAAUAUGUAUGAAGACUAUUAAGUUGCUGAAAGCAUUGGAAGAGUUAUUUAUAAUUAAAAUAGUAUUUAAUAAUUAAUUAUGAAUAGAUAAGAAUAUAACUGUUAUUUUAGAUAAAUAUUUAAGUAUUAAUCCUGUAGAAUUAAGUUUAUAAUAAUUUGAAUCUCUUUAAAAAUUAAGAGAUAUACGUAUUACUUUAUAAGAAUAGGAUUAAGAACAACAUUUAAAAUAGUCAAAUUAAGAUUUAUAGAUGUGUCAUCAUUGUAGAUAAAUGAUAGAAUAAAGUAAAUAAAAGUAAUGCACAUAUAAUCAUGUCAAUAUGAAUUUACAUUAAUACAAUGAUGAAUUACUGACCUAAUAAAGAUAUUGUAUAUCUAAUAAAAAUAUGUAAAAAUUUUAUUAAGAUUUAUAUUCUGCAAAUUAUAUUAUUGAAAGUAUUUAAUUUAUAGAAUAGUAGAUGACUUAAUUUAAUGUUAAAAGUAUUUUUGUUUUAAAUGUUUAACAAAUGAAUUUGAUGAUUAUGAUAUUUCAGAAAUAGAUUGGAUUUGUCCAAUGUGUAAAGUAUAUAUAAAAUCUAAAUUAGGGUUUAUGUCUAUGCAUUAGAUGUUAACGUAAUGAAGCUAUUUAUAAAUUGAAAAGAAAUUUAUUAGAAAUUAAUGGGAAUUUAGAUUUGUUAUAUGAUUAAUCUCUUUUUGAGAAUUUAGUUAGCAAUAAAAGGAAAUUCAUUUAAAAUAUUCCUUUAGAUUUUAUAAAUAACUUAAAAGUAAAUUAAGAAACUGAAGAAAUAUUUUCAUCAAAAAAUAAUAAAAAAUUAAAAACAAAUAUUAAUAAAUCAAUUAAAAAAAAGAAGAACUCUAAUACUAUUUUAGUUUUGCCAAAAUAUAUCAAUAAUGUUGACAGUUCAUCAUAAUCAACAAAGAUUAAAAAAUAUAAUAAAUUCAGGAGACUAAUUCCUAAUGAUAGAAUAACUGAAGAUAUUAUAUGA